UUUGUAAAGCGCCGGGAGGGUUUUUGCACGCGGUUUUUCCCCCUCUGUUUUUUUUUUCCCCUCCAUGCAAGAUUUGCAAAGCUGUGCAUUGGGCAGCUUGAAAAUCGGAAUUAUCUUGCACAGGAAGAAUCAUUUUAAGGUUUGGAGCUCCAGGAAUGGGGCUGUUUUGUAGAGUGGAGGACGGUGCUCUUAUAUUCUAGUUUUUUUUUUAAUGGUACAGAAUAUUCCAAAUCCCGAAAGCUCUUUCUUUGUUCUAAAUGUCCAUUUCUGCAAAUUAAAUAAUCCAGAAGACUACAGUUAAAUACAGAAUUUAGUACUAAGGAAGUCAAACUUUUAAGCAGGAGCUGAACUGGGUAAAAGUGUAGCUGUAAAUGGGUUUAAGGCUUUUUUUCAAAUUUUUUUUAAUCUCAUGCCUUUGGUUUAGUAUUUCUUACUGUUCCUGUGCUUUGCUUAAUGUUUGCUCUGAAAGGGAACUGUCUGAUAGAUAAGAUAUGUGUAAAAUUUAAACCAAAGAACUUGCUUAUUUUAGAAUUCUAAAAGACUGCUUUCCAAACUUCAGUUCAGUUACUUUAAUACCUAUAAAAUGUCAGUUUAAUGCUUGUUUCAUGCAUAUACAAUUUCAGUUGAAUUACUUAUUUAAUGCCUAUAAAACUUCCGUUUAAGUACUCGUUUGAUGCAUAUAGGGUCAUGCCACCUGGUCCAAACAAGGCAUUUGAUAGGAGACUUUUUUUUUUUAAAUGCAGAUUAAAAAUAAUGAGAAAACCCCCCUCUAAGCCCCCUUUUUGGCCUAACUUGCCCAGAGGGCUGUUAUGCAAUUUAAAAAAAAAAAAGCAAAAAAAAUAAAACUUUAAAACUUUGAAAAAGGUGGUCCUCUGCACUUUUUGACACUUUCUGAAAUCACAACCCACUGGUCCUAAACCCCGGUUAAACAAGACAGAGUCUUCACGUAAUAGCUGGUGCCCAGACAAAUAAACCAUGUUAUGGGUUAAUAGGAAAGUUGGAUUAAACCAAUGGCCUUCCACCAGAUGUUAGGGCCAAGCACGCUUGUUUGCUCCGGGGGAUGUAUUAAACCCCUGCAGGAAUUUACGUAUUCAAUGCAGAAAUAUGAAAUGGCGUUCACCCCUUCUGAGCGGUUUCACAAAACGGAUUCUGCUCAGCCUUACAAGCCUGCAAUGGAGGAAGCAACAAGCAGAUCCAGUAGCAAUAAAAACAUCCCUGCAGAAAAUGUUAGUUUUGGGCAGAUGCUGGAAUUCAUCCUCCCAGCAUCGUUUCUUUUAAACGAGAAUGUAGUGUGUGGACAGGCAGGGCAGGGCCUGGCUCGUUUUUCCUUUAGGCUCGUGCAGCGACUUCUUUUUCCGUGAAAAGGCUCCUGGCACAAUUGAGAAUUUUUGCAGCUGCUUUUGAAAAGAAGCGGGCUUCUCGAUCCGGAGACGGGGCCAGAUUGCCUUCCUUGUGCAGAUCAGGAGCGAAACGUCCACGGCUUGCUGAGAAAAGCCUCCGGAGAGCGUUGCAAUCCCACCGGAACGAGGAAGAAUCGGGGCCGGCCGAGUAAUCGAACGGGAACUCGGCUUGGGGUCGGCCAGGGCGCAUCGCUAGGUCGGCACAACCUGGGAACAUCUCCAGCUCACCUUCAAGAGGGCAGGAGAAAGGCGGCUGGAUUUAAGAAAAUUAUUAUUUACCUUUCCGGAGACGCGGAGGAGAAAACCGGAGGAUCUCCCUCUUCGGGUUUGACUCCAGAGAACCAUGAGGACUAGCGGCUGGGUGCUCCAACUCUGCUUUCUGCACCUGAGUUCUGCCCGCGUCUUACAGUGGACGUAUAACGGGGAACGCGAUGAAGAGCACUGGGGAAGGUACUUUGAAAACUGCCUGGGGAAACUGCAAUCCCCCAUCAACAUCCAGAGGUCGAAAGCCAAAUUUAAUCCAGAUCUGGAACUGCUGGAGCUCCACGGUUACGGCCACCGCCACGACAAUUUCAGGAUGACCAACAACGGCCAUUCAGUUGUCAUACAACUGCCUUCAUCCAUGAUCAUCAUGAAAGGCCUUCCUGGGAAAUUCACAGCUAUCCAGCUGCACCUUCACUGGGGAGGCAUGGAUCUCGAGAGCAGCGGAUCCGAACACACCAUCGAUGGGAUGCGAUACAUGGCCGAGCUCCACAUCGUCCAUUACAACUCAGAAGCUUACUCCAGUUUUGAAGAAGCGAAGGAUAAACCCGACGGGCUGGCCGUGCUGGCUUUUCUCUUUGUGGGCACCCAUUUUGAGAACACUUACUACAGCGACUUCAUUACCAAAUUGGACAAAGUUAAGUUUGCAGGGGAAUCAACCAUCCUCCAUAGUCUGGAUAUCUUGGCCAUGUUGCCAGACAACCUCUCCAAUUUCUACCGCUAUCAUGGUUCGUUGACUACCCCACCAUGUACAGAGAACGUGAUCUGGACCGUCUUUGACUCGCCCAUCAAGCUCUCCUACACCCAGAUUAAUCUGCUGGAAAACACGUUGCUCGACUGGAAGAACCAGACUCUGAGGAACGACUACCGCCAGAUCCAGCCUCUCAAUGACAGGGUGGUCAAAGCGUCUUUCUCACUUCAGCUGGUGGAAGGAAGGUGCCGGCCCGAGAGCAUCGCCAGUAAGCUCAACAAGAUACAGACCAGGCUUCGUGAAAUGAAGAAGUAUCUUCUGGACGUGAUUGGCAAGCCUGGUCACCACCAACGCAGCUUGCAAGCGUUCCACUUCCCCUUGGAGAACACCGCCAGCUACGUGACCGUGAUCCCCCUGAAGCCAAUGCAACUGAAAACCUUCACUCUGUGUUUCUGGGUGCAGAACCGCAACCAGGGGAGGCAGACCGUUCUCUUCUACUCCACUCCAGAGAGCGAGAACGAGCUGGUCAUCAGCGUGGGCAUGGCUGUGGGAGUGUGGAUUGGGGGGAAGUUUGUGCAAUUCGACCUCCACCGCCGGGCGGAAGAUUGGGUCCACCACUGCGUCACCUGGCUCUCCAGCUCUGGGACCAUUAACCUGUGGGUGAACGGCGCCGUGGGCACAGCCCGAAACAUCCAGAAAAACUACAUCAUCCAGAGCGGGGGGACACCCAUCCUCGGCAAGCGGAAGAACGCCAUGUUGGACGUCUUCGCUGAUGCCUUCUCCGGCUGGAUGAGUCACGUCAACCUCUGGAGCUGGCUGCUGGACCAGAACGACAUUCAGGAGCUCACUCUUUGCAAACACAGUCAGCAAAAAGGAGAUGUCUUUGCUUGGGGAGAAACGCACAUGUCCCUGUUUGGUGGGGUUGCACUAGGUCCUGACACCAGUUGCAGGUGAAUGGUGGACUCUGAAUCAAUGCUGGGCACCCGGUGUCCCUGUUUCGUAAAAAUGAUUCUUUUUCCUCCCCAAAACCUUUGAAUUUGCCCGUACCAGGACUCUGAUACCAUCAUGGGUUGUUCCAAGGAUCAUCUCAAGGACCACCUAUAAAGAAGAAGUUCUGAUGGGUUCUGAUGCCAUCUAAACCAGGGUUCCUCAACAUCUGUGACUGUGAGAGGUGGGGCCUUCAACUCCCAGAAUUGCUGGCUGGGGAAUUCUGGGAGUUGAAGGCCACACCCCUUACAGUCACGGAGUUUGAGGAACACGGAACAAUGGGGAAGUUCACCAGGCUGAGAAGAAGUCUCUUGUGGGGGGGAGAUUGGCCAGCAGGAAACUCUCUGCACUCCGACCCGGCAAGGACUUCAUAUGGGUGGGACGUGGGCCUUAAGUCCUGGGUUACCGACCCACAGGUGUGGUGUGAACACAGUCCUUUGGGCCCGGCUGGGAAAUCAUGGUCUACCCCUGCUUUCGAACUAACAUACUUCUCGUUUGGAAGACCAGCCCUGACAAAAAUUUCUGACUGUUCAUUGAAGGUUGACCCCCCGAUCAGCAAGGAUUUAAAAUAGACCAUCCAGAGCAGUGUUUCUCA